AUGUGGGCAGCCCAAAUCACCGAAUUCAACACACCGUACACCAUUUCAACGGUCAAUAUUCCCCAGCUCCGUCCCAAUGAGCUCCUUGUCAAAUACACGCCGCAGAUUCUCCCGCUGCCCUUGAUCCCAUCCCACGAGCCGGUAGGCACAGUUGUGCAGGUAGGGGAGGAAUCCGCCUCGAAAUGGAAAGACGGCGAUCGGGUGGGUAUCUUGAGGUUCAAAAAUGCAUGCGACACCUGUGCUGGAUACAGAAGGUCUCGUAAGAGAUAUGGAACGCUGGAUCCGCGAUUUUGUGAUCACAGGGAGACAGGCGGCAUCAAGAAUGAUGGCUGUUUUGCCACGUAUAUGGUUGCCGACUCAGCGACAACAAUCGCUCUUCCUGACUCUGUGUCCUUUGAACAAGGGGCACCACUUUUAUGUGCGGGGGCCACCGUUUGGGGAGCGAUCAACAAGGCGCGGCCAUUUCUCCAAGCAGGUGAUAUGAUCGCUUACGGACGACAUGACAUGCCCACGGAGCUUCAGCCGGAUCAUUUAAUAACCUCUACGCAUGACGAUGCAUGCGAGAAGAUUCUGGAGCGAACUGGGGUGGUCCUUCUUGGUCUGCCACCAGAACCGUGGAGAUUUGAUACUCAUCCCAUUGUUUUUCGUCAGUUGGUUCUACGAGGAAGUUACGUUGCUAGUCGAGAAGAGGUGGAGGAGAUGAUGGCGGUGGUAGAUCAACAUGGAGUUCGGUCUCAGUUGAAAGUGGUGAAGAAAGAUGAUAUCCUGCAGGUCCCCGAGAUGUAUUUAUCCAGAUCGUUUCGCGGGUGCUUAGUUGUGAGGUUUGAUUAA